AUGAUAUAAAUAUUAGUGACAUAUACUUUACAUAUAGAAAUUCAGAUACCUUAAUUUAGUUUUGCACAUUCAUUAUUUUAUGCUUACUUAAUGUUUAAGAACUAAAUUGAAUUCUGGAUCUUAUCUAUUAAUAUACUAUUUAUUGGACUUUAUUGUAUACUUAGAUAGUACGAUUAUUUGGAUUAAUAAGUUAUAUGGAGUACUAUACAUUAUGCUAUUGUCUAUAUUAUAUUAACAAUAUUGAAUUAUGAUGUCUUUAAAUAAUAAAAUUUGUAGUCAUCUCCAAAAUUAAUAGAGCUUAUUUCAAAUUCAGAAAGAUAUAGAUGGAAAGAGAUGAGUUAAUGUGAACUAUUUUAAGAUAAUUAUACAAAGAAUAUGUGUUUUAAUUAAAUUAGGGAAGGAGUAAUACUUUAUGAAUAAGGUUAUGAAAAACCACCAACAUUUAUAAAUAGAUCUGCAAAAUAAAUGUUUUAGAUAUCUGAUGAAAAUUAGAUUUAAAUAGCAUAUUCAAAUUACUGUAGGAUUGAAAGGAUGGAACCAAAGAGAUCAAUACAAUCCAUUAAAAGUAUAGGAAUUGACAUGUAAAAUUCCUUAAAACAAUAUAGUGAAUCAUUAUCAUUUAAUUCAAAAUAACAAAGCCAAUACAUUCCUUAGCAAGGAUUCAAAGAAAUGACAUUAUUAUAAAUGCUUGAUAAAAUUUGGUAAAAAUAAAAUAAAGAAAGUUAUCUAUUCUAUGUUUAACAAUCAAAGCAUCUUACUUAAGUAAUGUAUUAAAUAUCAAUAGUCUUAAUAAUCUCCUAUUUUAGAAGUGAGUGUUUACUUGAACUCUUAAGUAAGGAAGGUUAUGACAUUAAUUUGUAGAGAUUUAAGUUACAAGAAAUAUAUUAAAUAAUUAUAAAGUCAUUAUAACUAAAAAUCAAAAAUGAUUUCAUUUGUAUCUCAUGAAUUUAGAGCACCUUUAGGUUGUAUGAUAACAAUGUUAGAACAUGUUGCUAAAGAAUAAAAUAAUUUAUAUAUUUAAAAUUCAAUAGAUAACUCAAGAUAUCUAUUGAAUUUAUGUAAUGAUUUAUUAGAUUUGGCAUAAAUUUAAGCAAAUAAAUUUUAGUUAAAAAAGGAAAGAUUUAACUUAAAAAUGUUAUGUCAAGAAUGUUUAUAAAUGUUUAAUCUAUAAGCUGAGAAAAAAUAAUUAAAAUUAAUGUUAUAGUAUGAUUCUAGUUGUCCAGAUAUUAUAGAAUAAGACUAAAAUAGAAUUAAAUAAGUAUUGAUAAAUCUAAUAGGAAAUGCAUUCAAAUUUACUUAAGAAGGAUAGAUUCUAUUAAGAGUAGAAUUAAUGGAUGAGUUAGUAAUUGAAAUUAGUAUAUCUGAUUCUGGAAUAGGAGUAUAAGAGUAGGAUAAAGAAAUGUUAAUGAAAGCUUUUGGAAAAAUAAAUUCUGAGGAAAGUAAAAAAUUAAAUGCUUAAGGAGUGGGAUUAGGAUUAGUUAUAAGUAAUAAAAUUGCAUAAUAAUUGGGUGAUGGCUUGAGAUUUGAGUCUAUUUAUCAUAAAGGUUCUAGUUUUUCAUUUACAAUACAUCUUGAUAAUAUUUAGAGUUAUGAAUCAGAAAUAAUAAAAUCAGUAAAUAAGAAGUAAUCAACUUUGAGAGAUAGUGAAAUGAUGGAGAAUCUAUAUGAAGAUGGUGAAAGUUCUAAAGAGAUUUAGAUUAUAGUUACUUAACCAAAAAAAUAAAUGAAUUCUAAUGUUGAGUGUUGUUCAAAGGUAUUAAUUGUAGAUGAUACUUAAUUUAAUAUUGAUACAUUGUAGAUGCUAUUGAUAAGAAUGUAUUCCUUAAUAUUUUAUCUAGAGGAAUAAAUUAAAUUGAUUAUUCAAUUAAUGGAUACAAAGCCAUAGAAAAAGUAAAGCUUAAAGAAAAAUGUAAUUAAUGUAAUUCAAAUAUGUACGGAUUAAUAUUUAUGGAUUUAGAAAUGCUUGGAAUCAAUGGUAUCAAUGCAUCUAAACUUAUAUUCUCUUAUUGUGAAGAAAAUAAUAUAAAACCACCUAUAAUUGUUGCUUGUUCAGGUUAUCAAAAAGAUAUAGAAUUUCCAAAAUGUUAAUAAGUUGGAAUGAAAUUUUAUCUAGAAAAACCUGUUGAUAUAAGACAAUUAUAAUCCAUUAUUGAUUAUUACAGAAGUACAAUUUGA